UUCUGUUUCCAAUCCUAGCUGCCGUCUUCUUUCUUCUUCUUCUCUGGUGACUUCCUCCACCCACCUGAAUCUGGCUCUUCGCCUCGGCCGGUUCCCACCUGCAGCAUCACAUCGGCUCUGUCGGUGCAGAGAAACCGACCUGAACGAACUGAAGAAUAAAGCUGGAACUGAGGGAGAAGAAGAGACGUAACCAUGAUCCAUUCCAAUCACUCGACUCGCGCCGUGUUCUGCUGCUGCUGUGCCGUUCAAACCAGGGAGUUCAGCACCCGCAUGGACCUGGAGAGCCGAACCUCUCUUUGCUUCCAGAGCCGACGAUAUCCGGGUCACGCCUGUCGGGUGGACCGGUCCAGGAAGAAGCUCCCAAUGCCCCCGCCGGAGGGCGAGGACGGCGAAGGAGGCGGUUUGAUCAGCGUCGUCGCCAUGUACGACUUCACCGCCAAGGAGGACACGGACCUCACGCUCAGACAGGGGGACGAGUACGUCAUUCUUCACAAACAAGACCAGCUGUGGUGGAGAGCGCAGGACAAACACGGGAAUAAAGGCUUCAUCCCCAGUAACUACGUCACAGAGAAAAACAGAAUCGAGGCAAACCCGUGGUACUGCAAGAACAUCACGAGGACAGAAGCUGAACAGCUGCUGAGACAAGAGGGCAAAGAAGGUGGUUUUGUAGUUCGGGAGUCCAGUCAGAAGGGAGUUUACACCGUUUCUGUUUACACCAAGACAUUGAGUCCUUACGGAGAUAUCCGACAUUACCAGAUUAAAAUAACGGACACUGGGCAGUUCUACCUGGCGGAGAAACACACCUUUAUGUGCAUCCCGGACGUUAUACACUACCAUGAACACAACGCAGCGGGUCUGGUGACCAGGCUGAGGUACGCAGUGGGACCCAUGGGGAGGUGUGUUCCUGCCACAGCCGGGUUCAGCUCAGAGAAGUGGGACAUCAACCCCACCGAGCUGACCCCCAUGAAGGAGGUGGGCUCCGGGCAGUUCGGGGUCGUCAGGCUCGGCAAGUGGAGGGAAGAGCAGAAGGUGGCCAUCAAGACCAUCAGAGAGGGGUCCAUGUACGAGGAGGACUUCAUCGAAGAGGCCAAAGUCAUGAUGAGGCUGUGUCAUCCUAAGCUGGUCCAGCUGUACGGCGUGUGUCUGCAGCAGCGGCCCCUGCUGAUCGUGGCCGAGUUCCUGGAGAACGGCUGCCUGCUGAACUUCCUGCGUCAAAGGGGCGGGGCUCUGCAGGAGGCGUGGCUUCUGUCCAUGUGUCAGGACGUCUGCGAGGGCAUGGAGUACCUGGAGGCCCACAGCUUCAUCCACAGAGACCUGGCAGCCAGGAACUGUCUGGUGAACGAGCAUAACGUGGUGAAGGUCAGCGACUUCGGGAUGACCAGGUACGUUCUGGACAACCAGUACACCAGCUCCAACGGAGCCAAGUUCCCAGUGAAGUGGUCUCCUCCCGAGGUUCUGCACUACAGCAAGUACAGCAGCAAGUCCGACGUGUGGGCCUUCGGCGUGGUGAUGUGGGAGAUCUUCUCCGAGGGACGGACGCCGUUUGAGAACCGCUCCAACCUGGAGGUGGUGACGGAGAUCACCAGAGGAACCCGGCUGUACCGACCCCACCGAGCCACGCAGCUGGUCUACACCAUCAUGUACCGCUGCUGGCACGAGAAACCUGAGGGUCGGCCAUCUUUCUCCGAGCUGCUGGAGGAAAUCAGAAAAGUGGCAGAAAAUCCAGAAUAAGAAACAUUUUUCUACAUCUGAACAUGAAACGUUUUAUUUGACCCUUUUGUACAUAUUGUUACAUUUUUGUAAAUACAUUUUAUGAAAUCACUU